UGGAGGCCGGAGCACUCGCGGAUCUCUGAGGCGGGGUGCCCCACGCGGGUAGCCUGCUGUCCCGCCCCGAGGCGGAGCUCGCGCCUGCGCAGUGAGGCCGCCUCGCGGCGGUGCCUUGUGGGAGUCCCGCUGGUCGGAGCGCCCUGCUGCCUGCUUCCUGGAACCCGGCCGGAGGGUACCCAGCACCUACAGGCCAGUCUUGCUGGAAACUCGCCCAAGACUCGGACCCGCAAUCCCUGGAGUUCGCCCCACGCUGCGGGGGGGGGAAGCAUCUGUCUGCUUGCUCCAACUCUCACGCCGGCCACCCUGGAACCUCUGAGGGACGUCCACCUGGGCCUGGCCCCGCCAAGCGGCGGGCCUGCUCGCCUGGCCCUCGUCUCAGGCCACUAUCUGUACUACCACUACGGCUGCGACGGCGUGGACGACCGCGGCUGGGGCUGCGGCUACCGCACUCUGCAGACGCUAUGCUCGUGGCCAGAGGGCCGGCCUGUGGGCGUGCCUGGUCUGGCUGCUGUGCAGGGGGCCCUGGAGGACAUGGGAGACAAACCCCGAGGGUUCCGAGGCUCCCAGAGCUGGAUCGGCUGUGUAGAGGCCUGCCUCUGCCUCGACUACUUCGGUGGUCCCCAGGGGCGUCUGUGUCACGUACCCCGUGGAACUGGGCUACAGGGACAACUGGAGAGCCUUUACUCCCACUUCACAGGGGGAGGAGGGCCUGUAAUGGUUGGAGGGGACGCGGACGCCCAGUCCAAGGCCUUGUUGGGAGUUUGCCUGGGGCCAGACACAGAUGCCUAUGUCCUAGUAUUGGACCCUCAUUGCUGGGGUGCUCCCAAAAACCCCACUGAGAUGCAGGCUGCUGGGUGGGUGGGCUGGAAAGAAGCAAGCACCACUUUUGACUGCAACUCCUUCUAUAACCUGUGUUUGACCAGCCGUAACGACAGAGAGCAGCGGCACACCCACGACUGAAUUUUAAGUUGCUAAACCGAGACACUGGCCGCACAUGUACUCAUCUACCCACUUCUCUAAGGUAGAGGCUGUGUAGUAUCAGGCCCCCAGCAAGUUUCGGCAGAGUCCGGGGCCUUUGGCAUCAAUAAAAUGGCAAGCUA